UUUUAAUCAUCUAUACUGCUUCACAUUUUUGGGGGGAGACAGCAGGUGAAUCAAGAAAUAGAGCUACACAUUCCAGUUACCUUGUGCCAUUCUUACCUCCCAGCACAAACACCUGGGUUCUAAACCCAACUUGGCCAACUGGCUGACUGUGUGUCCUUGGGUAAGUCACUGCCAGAGACACAGUGGUUUGUUGGGAGGUGGGCUACUGUGUGGUUUGAUUGUGUUCUUUCCUUCUGACCCCUGAUGGGCAUCACCAAAUUUAGGAAAUAGUCUCAGAGUUCUGGUGAGGCUGGAGGCCAGGCAGCCUGCAGGAUGCUGUGGUCAGGUGGGGUCAGACUUCCCCUGCCAAGUGGGAGAGAAGCCACCACCUUCUCUAUGCAAGGUAGCAGUAGGAAGCCACAGGGCCAGGUUAUCUCUGACACAGGCAAAUGCCUUGGUUGGAAGGACUUUGUGACUUGCUUGGAAUUCCCCCUUUGUGAAGGCAGGGACGGAGUCCUCCCUGCGCCAUGUCCCCAGUGCACCCAUAUCUCCGUAGCCAUCUCUGCCCUCUCCCUUGCCCUGACACUCUUUCCUCCUGCAAGCUAUGUUUGUGUCUAGCUCUGAGUACUGACUUUCCCCAGGAGCAGCUAGAUCAGAUGAUCUUCCCAGCUGGAGGCACAAGAGAACUUCUGUUCUAAGGGUUCUCCCUGUGGCCUCUGAAUGCUGUUCUUCUCAUGGAGCCUCUCCUGGCUUUCUGUGCAGCCAAGCCCAGCUGCCACCCUCACAGAGACUUGCUGCCCUCACAGAGGGUUCAUUUUGCAUGUGGUGGCUGAACUUUGAUUCUGUGACUCAUGCUGCGGCGCAAACUUCAAGUCUUUCUUCCUUUCCUUUUUUUUUUUUUUUUGUUUAAAAAAAAACCCAAAGCAUAACUACCUUUGCAGCUGAAUGUGACUGCGGCGUGCAGGAAGUGGAGCGUUGGCAUGAAGUGGCUCCUAGUGGCUGUGUGGCGUAUGCCGGCUGCCCUCCUCUGACUCCAGUGGCACCUGGGGGCCCGGCCUCACUGGCAGGAGAACAUUGGUAUGAAGGCUGCUGGCGACUGUGAAGACCGGAGGGACACACCCUGCUGCUCAUGCCUGCAGGGCUCUGAGAGGAGGAAGCCUGGGGCAGGACCCACGCCAGUGGCCGCUGGGCACAGCAUGGAGCAUCCCAGCAAGAUGGAGUUCUUCCAGAAGCUGGGCUAUGACCGGGAGGAUGUGCUCCGGGUGCUGGGCAAGCUGGGCGAGGGCGCCCUGGUCAACGACGUGCUGCAGGAGCUUAUCCGCACAGGCAGCCGCCCAGGGGCCCUGGAGCACCCGGCUGCACCCAGGCUAGUGCCUCGGGGCUCCUGUGGGGUCCCGGAUUCCGCCCAGCGGGUCCCGGGAACAGCCCUGGAAGAGGACAUCGGAGGCCUGGCCAGUUCCCUGCGACCCAUAGUGAUUGAUGGCAGCAACGUGGCAAUGAGCCAUGGAAAUAAAGAAACCUUCUCUUGCCGGGGAAUCAAGCUGGCUGUGGACUGGUUCAGGGACAGAGGACACACCUACAUCAAAGUUUUUGUUCCUUCCUGGAGGAAGGACCCACCAAGAGCUGACACCCCUAUCAGAGAGCAGCACGUGCUGGCAGAGCUGGAGCGGCAGGCGGUGCUGGUGUACACGCCUUCCCGCAAGGUGCACGGGAAGCGCCUGGUUUGCUACGACGACCGCUACAUCGUGAAGGUGGCCUACGAGCAGGACGGCGUCAUCGUCUCCAAUGACAACUACCGGGACCUGCAGAGCGAGAACCCCGAGUGGAAGUGGUUCAUCGAGCAGAGGCUGCUCAUGUUCUCCUUCGUCAACGACCGGUUCAUGCCUCCUGAUGACCCCCUGGGUCGCCAUGGACCCACUCUGAGCAACUUCCUAAGCAGGAAGCCGAAGCCCCCAGAGCCAUCCUGGCAGCAUUGUCCCUAUGGCAAGAAAUGCACCUACGGCAUCAAGUGCAAGUUCUACCACCCGGAGAGGCCGCACCACGCGCAGCUGGCGGUGGCCGACGAGCUCCGCGCCAAGACUGGCGCCCGGACUGGCGCUGGCGCCGGUGCCGAGGAGCGGCGGCCUCCGAGCGCCGCGGGAGGCCCUGCAGGAGCCCGGGCGGUCCCCCGGGAGCCGAUUGCUCACAGCCUCCCGCCAGCGCGGGGGUCCCUGGACCUGGCUGCCCUGCGGGGGAGCUUCUCUCGCCUGGCCUUCAGCGACGACCCGGGGCCCCUGGGGCCGCCUCCCCUGGGCCCUGCCUGCGGCCUCGCGCCCGGACUGGGCGGGCCCGACUGGGUGUCCGCGGGUGGCCGGGUGCCCCGGGUUUCGCCAUCUUCGCGGGCGGGCGGCGCUGCCACCUCCGAGCUGCCCAGCCUUGGGGCGCCGGGGCCAGGCCCACCCGGCCUCCCUAGCCCUCAGAACCCGUUCUCCCUGGGCGACCUCCCGCCCCCACCCGGCCUGCAGCUCCAGCCGCGGGGCGAACACCGCCCCAGGGAUCUGCACGGGGAUCUGCUGCCCCUGCACAGGCAGCCCGAAGACCCAUGGGCCCGUCCGCCCAGCUCCGACCGCUUCCCGGGGUGCUCCGCUUGGGCGGAGCCGGCCUGGGGCAAUGGCGCCACUGGGGGACUCUCAGGGUACUCUGUCGAGGACGGCGAGGGGGACGCGCGCGCCCAGGCUCGCCUCGCGCUCUACAGCGUCUUUCCGCGCGACCACGUGGACGGCGUGAUGGCCGCAUUCCCCACGCUCUCCGACUUCUCCAGGCUCAUCCUCCUGGUCCAGAGAUCCCAAAGCGCGCGGGCGACCCUGGGCAAGCCCUAAGGGACCACCACGCUCUUGCAGAGAAUGGCCCAGCCUCACCUUGCGUCUUGGACGGGUGGACCAGUGGUUGCCAGCCUUGACCUGAGUGGGCCCACCUUGGCACCCCCGUUUCUUUAAAGAUGGUCAGGGACGCCUGCUUCCACCUCCUUAUUGGGGUUGGGUGGGGGCCUGGUGGCACUUGGUGACCCUCACUGAGGCUGGGGCCUGCUGCGGGGAGGUCCCCCCACUUCCGUGGAGGGAGUGAUUUUCCACGUGCACGGAGACUGCAGCUCCAAGCUGCAGUGGAAUCCACAAGUGGGUCACAAAAUCAAUUUAGUGGGUCACCCCCACAAACACAGCGGACUGGGACAGCUCAGAGCACACCCUGUGCAAUCAGGCUGAGUCUGAACUCUUGUUACCUAGCCUGUGCUCCCACCCCCUUGGCAGCCAUGUAACUAACCUUAGUGUGGGUCGUGGUCAGAAGUUUGACAAAGACUGGUGAUUGGUCUUGAAUUUCAUUACAUCAGAUAAUGUUGGAAAUACCAGUCAGGUGGCCGGGGGAGGUUUGCCAUCCAGAAGUUUUCAUGUUAGCUAUUGCUAACCCCACCUGCAAGGGGAGCCCAGACUUCAGGUGUGGGCUCUGCUGUGCUCGGAAUUGUGUAGCUGUAUCUUGCUGGGGACGAGUGGAAGGAUCGCGUUGUCCCAGGGCCACCUUCUGGGGCCUUCACUCCCCUUCACACACACUUAUACCACACCACACAAAUACAAGCACACACAAGUAUGCAGUCUCACACAUGUACACACUCACACACAUCACACAGACACAUCUUUUGGCUCAGGGUUAAAUAUUUCCAUUUUUUUUUUUUAGACAUUCAUCAUGUCAAUUUC